GGCGCGGAGGCGGGAUCCAGGCGAGCCGAGUGAAGGCCUGGUCCUGGAGACGGGAAGGACCCUGGACACAGCGACACUUCUCAAAGGCCCUGCAGGACCGCCAUGGCUUAUGAUGACGCCGUGAAGAAAGAAGGUAUGACCCCUUAAUCCGAGAAGCAUUUCAAAGGGUGUGUCCUCUGCAGUCCUUGCAGCCCAUGGACCUAGAGACCAGGACUGGCCAUCACAGCCUGGACUCCCAAGUGUUGAUCCAGAGCACUGUUAAGCCUCCACGUCAUCCCCAGACUGGGCCCAUGGAACGAACACCAACACAGGGUUCCAACACAGGAGCCUGAAAUGUAGUGUAUUGAGGCGAUCCCCUGCAGCACUCGUGGUCCUUGCCAGCUCCAUGUGCAGGAGUCUGGGGUAGGAAUCACACAUUGGACUCCCGCAGAGCAGCACAGCACGUGAAUCGUUGUUCUUUUCAGCCUUACCUCUGCAAGUCGGUGUCCACCUGCCAGAUCACAACUGAGAACCAUGUCUGAGAAUGCACGUUGGGCCUUUGCAUAGCAUAGAAGUAUUGCUUCUUCAGAUUGCUUCGAUGGUGAUCACAGCUUUGAGGACAUAGGACUAGCAGCUGGCAGAAGCCAACGAGAGAAGAAACGUUCUUACAAAGAUUUUUUAAGGGAAGAGGAAGAAAUCGCUGCUCAGGUCAGGAAUUCUUCCAAGAAGAAGUUAAAGUCAGAAAUCAUCGAAAAACAAGAUUGGUUCCAAGCUACUUUUGCCUCAUCAUCUUAUUCAUGGGUCAAUUCUUCCUCUUUAAUUCCAGGAUAGUGAGUUUUACUUCUUGGGGACGGACACGCACAAGAAGAAGAGGAAGCACUCCUCUGAUGAUUACUACUAUGGAGGACAGUGGUUCUUGUUCUGAGUGCCGAUAAACCAGUGUGAAGGAGGAGAGAGGUGGAGGGCUGGUAUUUUGGAGGAUUCAGCAUAGAAGAACAGUCUUCAUUUGUGAUACACCAGAUAUUUCGUCUUUGGAAUCGUCACAGAAGAAAAAGAAAAGGUCCAGCCCGCAAGCUGCUGAUACAGCUAUGGACCUGCUGAAAGCUAUCACUUCCCCGCUGGCCGCAGGCGCCAAGUCCUCCAAGAAGACAGGGGAGAAGUCCUCUAGCUCUUCUAGCCACUCGGAGAGUAAAAAGGACCACCACAGGAAGAAAGUCAGUGGAAGCAGUGGGGAGCUGUCCCUGGAGGACGGUGGUUCCCACAAAUCCAAAAAAAUGAAACCGCUCUUUGUGAAUACCGAGACACUGACCCUCCGUGAGCCUGACGGUUUAAAGAUGAAGCUCAUUCUCUCCCCAAAGGAGAAGGGAAGCAGCUCCGUGGAGGAGGAGUCUUUUCAGUACCCCUCUCAGCAAGGGGCUGCGAAAAAGUCCUCUAAGAAAUCAGCUCGGGAUGAGCAAGGUGCUUUACUCCUAGGACACGAGUUACAGAGCUUUCUGAAAACAGCCCGGAAGAAGCACAAGUCGUCCUCAGACCCACAUUCAUCUUCUGGCCCUGAAGGCUGUGGGUCUGAUGCCUCCCAGUUCCCAGAACCCCACAGUGCUAAUCUCGAUCUUCCAGGGCUUGAGCCUAUCCUAGUAGAAUCAGACUCAACCUCUGGAGGGGAGCUCGAGGCUGGUGAGUUGGUGAUAGAUGACUCUUACCGGGAAAUCAAGAAGAAAAAGAAGUCAAAGAAAAGCAAAAAGAAGAAGGACAAGGAGAAGCAUAAGGAGAGACGCCAUUCCAAGUCCAAGAGAAGUUCAGGCCUUUCUGCUGCAGUGGUGGGAGAGAUCACAAUGACUCCUGGCCCUCCUCCCAGCAUCCCCUACCCUGCAGCAGCUGCCCCUCCCCCACCACUUCCUGGCCUCCACACUGAUGGGCAUAGUGAGAAAAAAAAGAAAAAGGAGGAAAAGGAUAAAGAGAGAGAAAGAGGAGAAAAGCCAAAAAAGAAGAACAUGUCGGCCUACCAGGUGUUCUGUAAGGAGUACCGCGUGACCAUCGUGGCUGACCAUCCCGGCAUAGAUUUUGGGGAACUUAGUAAAAAACUGGCUGAAGUGUGGAAGCAAUUGCCUGAAAAGGAUAAACUGAUUUGGAAGCAAAAAGCUCAAUAUCUGCAACACAAACAAAACAAAGCAGAAGCUACAACUGUGAAAAGAAAAGCAUCCAGCUCAGAAGGCUCCAUGAAAGUAAAAGCUUCCUCUGCAGGAGUGCUGUCACCCCAAAAGAAGUCCCCGCCCACCACCAUGCUAUUACCAGCCUCCCCAGCCAAAGCCCCUGAGACAGAGCCCAUUGAUGUUGCUGCUCAUCUACAGCUGCUGGGAGAGUCCCUCAGCCUCAUCGGACACCGCCUGCAGGAAACAGAGGGCAUGGUGGCUGUGUCUGGCAGUUUGUCAGUGCUUCUGGAUUCCAUUAUCUGUGCGCUCGGCCCCUUGGCGUGUCUGACCACACAACUACCUGAACUGAAUGGCUGUCCCAAACAGGUCUUGGCAAACACACUAGACAACAUCGCUUACAUCAUGCCUGGACUGUGACAGCAGAGAAUCCUGGGACGGAAAUCUUGUCCUACCCCAUUGCUGGUUUGUGUAUAUAUGACCGUUCCAGAUCCCUUCACUAGCCACUGGGUGUAGGUUUUAAAUUUUUAUAUACAUACACAUAAAUAUAUAUAUAUAAUGUACAAUAUAUACAUAGGAUUGUAACUACUUCGCUUUUAAUAAUUUUAUGAAAUGGCAAAGGUUUAGCCAAGAGGAAACCUUGGCAUGAAAAUGGGCUUGGGAUUCUUUUUUCUCCUGUGGUGGAUAAAUCUGCCUUAAAAAUCAAUGUUACUUGAGGGCUGGGGGCUUGUUCUGGGUGCCAAGUGCAUCUCUUUAUGGACAGCUAAAAUGUGAUUUUUUUCCCCAAGCUCAGUUGUACCUCCAGACUCAUCACUGACCAUUUGCCUUACCUGUCUUACAGUCUGAAAUGUAAGAGGAAAGAUUAUGGGAAGAUGCCAGUUGACUGAGAGUGCUAAAGCCUUUCAACUUGAAGUGUCUUAGGUGGGAGCUGAUAAAAUCGUUCCUGUCUGAGAGUUAUUGCGAUGGCUUAGGUCGGCGGUUCUCAACCUGUGGGUCGUGAAUCCCUUUGGCGGUCCAAUGACCCUUUCACAGGGGUCGCCUAAGACCAUCCUGCAUAUCAGAUAUUUACGUUACGAUUCAUAACAGCAAAAUUACAGUUAUGAAGUAGCAACGAAAAUAAUUUUAUGGUUGGGUCACAACAUGAGGACCUGUAUUUAAAGGGCCGGAAGGUUGAGAACCACUGGCUUAGGUGAACCUAGUAGGGGGUUCAGCCCAGUUCCUGCGAUACAGGUGUCCAUGUCUCAGUGUAUUGUAAUCAUUGGCAGCCUCGGUAGGGGCCAAGGAGUUUUGUGAGCCCUGGCAGCAUAAAAUGCCUUGAAGAGGGUAACGCUGUCGUGCCACCAGUUGAACUGCAUACGUUGUGAGCUGACGCAGAGUCUUUGGCCUGCAGAACGAAGAGCUGGUAUCUUCCAUCUGGCAGCAUUCGCUUAGCCACCAAGUCCGCACAGGUUCUGCUUAAUUGCGUGGUGGCUGUGGAAGACGAACUUGGCCCAGUGGGAUUCUUGGGUUCAUCAUAUUGGCUCCCCUGGUGGGCAGAUACAGUGUUCUGCAUUCCACACAUAAGUGAAUUGCAAAAAAAGUAGUUGAUUCUCAUGUAGGUUUAUUUAUGUGCGCGUGUGAAUGUUUUAAUUAUGUGUAUUUAACUCUUUAAAAUCUUAGAUUUUAAUUUAUCCUGUAAAUUUCUGUAUAUAUAAUUUAAUAACAAAAGCCUCCACCAGCAACAGCAUGUGGAAGAUACAGAUUGUUCUUUCUUCCUCCCUUCCCUCCUCUUAAAACUCCAAAUCAUCUGCAUUUGAAGGUAUUGUGCCUCAGAAAGGAAUCAUUAUGUCAGGAUUCUAGUUCUUUAUAAUUCAAUAAUGUGAAGAAAGUAAAUAAAAAGGAAUGUUUUCAUUCCCAGCUGCCCUUAUUUCCAAAGAACCAGACUUUUGCUUCCUAGAUCCAAAGAAGACAGCUGAGCGCUUCAGGGUUCUUUUUAAAUGUGUGAGCUUCCUGCCAGACACCAGCUCUGAGGGAACUUUCUUCCCCGGGCUCCACGGAGCUCCACAGCAUCAAAGUAGAGGUUUGAGGACAGUGCAGCCAGCCCGCACCCUGUUGAAUGCCUUCCCUUCUCCCCACCAGAGUGGUCGCGGGGCUGUUUCUUAAUGGUAUUCUGGCUGCUGAAUGCCUUUCUCAUCUCAGAGCAGUUUUGAGAUUUAAUUGGGGAAACAGAAGGAAAGGGGGAUGUUUGGGAACCAAAAUCAGGAACAGAAAUCUUGUUUUGAUUUUGUGUGUUAGAACCUGUACCAUGCCUCAUCUGUACCCACGGAGGUUUCCUGUUUGACACAGGUAUCAAGGAGGGGCCUUGAAGACAGGGCUUAGUACCGAAAGAAGUCAGUCCUACCAUGGUCAUUUGUAUACAUUCAUGAAAUCCUGAUGAGGACCUGCUUUUUGUUUGUUUUCCUUUAAAAUCCAAUCCUAUUGUAUUUGUAUUUAAAAUUUGUACACAUUUGUAUAAUAACCUGUACCUUGUGGUAUUUGGUACUAUUAGAGAAAAAAACUUUGGAUUCAGACCUUCUUGCAAUUUUUAUAUCAUUGUUUUAUUUUUGUUUUUAAAAUAAAUCCUAGUGGUUUGAUCCAAAUUCCAUUACAGUUGUAUAAAGAAAUAAAAUUUUGUACUUAUAUUAUUAAAAAUCACA